AUGACCGAACCAGUGCGUCGAGAAUUAAGAAUUACACACCCACCGCUUGAACCCAUAGUUCGAGAUGGUAAGAUCCGCGAACAAAUCGAACUGGAAAGCAAGGGCCGCCGAGAGUAUUUGAAAAAGUGGGGCUACAUCACACAACCCGAAACGACCGAGUUCUACGACCUGAAACGCAACAACCAGAAGCUGCGUGAGAUUCAGCAGAGACGCAAGCAAAAUGUCAACCUCCGUGAAUACGAUGGACACGGUGAAUCGUUUUUCGUUUCGAAGCAAAUGUUCAAAACCUUGCUCGAUACAUGCCGGUGUGGCCGGAAGCGUACCAACACCCAUGCCCUCAAGUGUUUGCAGAAAUCGAAAAAUACGUAUGAAAAAACGGACGAUGAGGAGGAGGAUGAGGAGAUGGAGAAGAAAAACCGGGAGAAGCGUGGCAAGGGUGGUUCCGGUAUAAGUCGAAGGGAACGAGCGGACGAUGAUACGGAUGAGGGCGAGAAGACUGUAAGCAGCUACAUUCCGAAGGUGCCAACGUUAAGCUCAGGUAUGUACGGUUGGCCCCAUAACCGGUUUGUGGCGAUGGAAAAGACCACGUACUACGUAUCACCUCGGUACACUAUGCCUGGCCACCCGAUCGUCGACAGUCAUCCGUACAAUAACAUAAUCCUCGGAUAGGCGUUC